AUGGUGCUGCCAAUAAUAGUGGGAUUAGCAGUGACAGUAGCGGCCUUGACAGUAAGAUCUGGACUACGAGCAUGGGAGGCCUACAGGCAUUUGUCACCGACCGUUAUUGCUCGGAUGAAUAACGUCAAGAUUCGAAGCAGAAGACUUGACUUCAGGUACAGUCCCUCUUACAAUGGUCGAUUGAAUGAUUCGCUGCGAGCAAGACUAGAGGCUUACCGUGGCGGAUUCAAUGCCAAAAUGACAGAAUCUGAGGCUAUUUUAGUGCUUGAUGUGUCGCCAGAAGAGAUCGAAAUACUGGACGAAGGCCUAUUGAAGAGAAAACAUCGAAAGGCUAUGCUUCGAAACCAUCCAGACAAGGGAGGCAGCCCCUAUCUGGCAAUGAAGAUCAACGAAGCCCGAGAGGUCCUGGAACACAGCAUCAUGUUGCGGAAGAGCUAG